UGUCUGAGCAACACACCUCCUCUUACAGAAUAUUUCCUCAAUGAUAAAUACCAAGAAGAGCUGAAUUUUGACAAUCCUUUAGGAAUGCGAGGUGAAAUAGCAAAAUCUUACGCAGAGCUUAUCAAGCAAAUGUGGUCAGGAAAAUACAGCUAUGUAACCCCAAGAGCAUUUAAGACACAAGUGGGACGAUUUGCACCACAAUUUUCUGGUUAUCAGCAACAAGAUUGUCAAGAGCUACUGGCUUUUCUCUUGGAUGGAUUACAUGAGGAUUUGAAUCGAAUUAGGAAAAAGCCUUACAUUCAGUUAAAGGAUGCAGAUGGGAGACCAGACAAGGUGGUUGCUGAAGAAGCCUGGGAGAACCAUUUAAAAAGAAAUGAUUCCAUCAUUGUAGAUAUAUUUCAUGGCCUUUUUAAAUCCACUCUAGUUUGUCCUGAAUGUGCUAAGAUAUCUGUAACCUUUGAUCCCUUUUGUUACUUGACACUUCCGUUACCCAUGAAAAAAGAACGAACUUUGGAAGUUUAUUUAGUUAGAAUGGAUCCACUUGCAAAGCCUAUGCAGUACAAAGUAGUUGUUCCCAAAAUUGGAAAUAUAUUGGAUCUUUGCACAGCAUUGUCAGCUUUGUCUGGUGUUGCUGCAGAUAAGAUGAUUGUUACUGAUAUAUACAAUCACAGGUUCCAUAGGAUAUUUGGCAUGGAUGAAAAUCUAAGUAGUAUUAUGGAACGUGAUGACAUUUAUGUAUUUGAAAUUGCUAUCAAUAGAACAGAAGAUACAGAACAAGUUAUAAUUCCUGUUUGUUUAAGGGAAAAGUGCAGGCACACUAGCUACAGCCAUAGUGGUUCUUCACUGUUUGGUCAACCUUUUCUCAUAGCAGUGCCUAGAAACAAUACUGAAGAUAAACUGUAUAACCUGUUGCUGCUUAGAAUGUGCCGAUACGUAAAAACAUGUACUGAAAGUGAAGACACUGAAGGAUCCCUACAUUGCUGUAAGGACCAUGGUAUCAAUGGUAAUGGCCCAAAUGGAAUACAUGAAGAAGGGUCUCCAAGUGAAAUGGAAACAGAUGAACAAGAUGAUGAAUCCAGCCAGGAUCAGGAACUUCCUUCGGAGAAUGAAAACAGCCAGUCAGAAGACUCAGUGGGAGGUGACAAUGACUCUGAAAAUGGAUUAUGUACUGAGGAUACUUGCAAAGGUCAACCACUCACGGGACACAAAAAGCGAUUGUUUACAUUCCAGUUCAAUAAUUUAGGCAAUACUGACAUAAACUACAUCAAAGAUGAUACCAGGCACAUUAGAUUUGAUGAUAGGCAACCUAGGCUUGACGAAAGAUCCUUCCUUGCUUUGGAUUGGGAUCCUGAAUUGAAGAAGAGAUAUUUUGAUGAUAGUGCAGCAGAGGAUUUUGAAAAACAUGACAGUGUGGAAUAUAAACCUCCUAAAAAGCCCUUUGUGAAAUUAAAAGAUUGCAUUGAGCUGUUCACAACAAAGGAAAAACUAGGUGCUGAAGACCCAUGGUAUUGUCCAAACUGUAAAGAACAUCAGCAAGCUACCAAGAAGUUAGACUUGUGGUCACUGCCCCCCGUACUGGUAGUUCAUCUAAAGCGCUUUUCCUACAGCAGAUAUAUGAGGGACAAGUUGGAUACAUUGGUUGACUUUCCAAUAAAUGACUUGGACAUGUCAGAGUUCCUUAUUAAUCCCAAUGCAGGGCCUUGCCGCUACAACUUGAUUGCUGUCUCCAACCACUAUGGAGGAAUGGGAGGAGGGCAUUAUACUGCUUUUGCAAAAAAUAAGGACGAUGGAAAAUGGUACUACUUUGAUGACAGUAGUGUGUCCACUGCAUGUGAGGACCAAAUAGUGUCCAAAGCAGCAUAUGUGCUCUUCUACCAGAGGCAGGACACAAUCAGUGGAACUGGCUUUUUCCCUCUUGACAGGGAAACUAAACAAGGUGCUUCAGCUGCCACAGGCAUCCCACUAGAAAGUGAUGAAGACAGCAAUGAAAAUGAUAACGAUAUAGAAAAUGAAAAUUGUAUGCACACUAACUAAUGGAAAAACUAGAAGCCAUAAAAGAGACUUUCUUACUGGGGAUCUAUUGAAAGAGUGAAAUUGCCCACCAAAUUAAGAAUAAAAAUCUGAGAUGGGGAAUUUCAGAUAACAGAAUGUAAAUCUUUAUUACAUUUUAACAUGUGCAGUACUUGAAGUGAAACAAUAAAAACUUAAACAGAAA